GACGUAAAACGUGCCGACGUCAUCACCCGCGCGUCUGGCGGGAAUCCGACGCGGCUCGCGGACUGUCGACAGCCCCAGAAGAGUUUGAGUCGCGUUUAUUUGCUCAUACAGUGGUUUAUUCUGGUUUCUCUUCGCGUCAGCGUCAGGAGGAGAAAUGCAGGCGUUUUUGAAAGGGUCUUCGUCGCAGAGUGUUAAAGCUCAGAAAGUAUCCUCCUCUUCAUCAUCAGCUGGAGAGAAGAAGCAGAAGGCCGUGCCCUGGGUGGAGAAAUACAGGCCGAGGUGUGUGGAUGAAGUGGCCUUCCAGGAGGAGGUGGUGGCAGUACUGAAGAAGUCUCUAGAGGGCGCUGAUCUGCCCAACCUGCUGUUUUAUGGCCCUCCUGGAACCGGAAAGACGUCCACCAUCCUAGCGGCCGCCAGAGAGCUUUAUGGGUAAGAUCUCCAGCUGUGGUGCACACUAUUGCUGAGAAACACGAGCACUACUCCGCACUCAGAUUCUCACACUGACCGAACGCGGUGUUGCUCUCUGACCCGCAGCGGGAAGCCCUGUCCUCCGUUUAAGAUCAUCAUCCUGGACGAGGCGGACUCCAUGACCGGCGCGGCUCAGGCGGCUCUCAGACGCACCAUGGAGAAAGAGUCUCGAACCACGCGCUUCUGCCUCAUCUGCAACUACGUCAGCCGGAUCAUUGAGCCGCUGACCUCCAGAUGCUCCAAGUUCCGCUUCAAACCGCUGGCCAAUGACAUUCAGCAGGAGCGCCUGCUGCAGAUCUGCGGGAAGGAGAGCCUCAAGUACACCACAGAGGGCAUCGAGGCUCUGGUGAGCGUGUCGGAGGGAGAUCUCAGGAAAGCCAUAACUUAUCUCCAGAGCGCCGCCAGACUCCACACCGAGCAAGAAAUCACUGAGCAGAUCAUCAUUGAGAUCGCUGGGGUGGUUCCACCCAAAGUGAUCGAGACGCUCCUCCAGAUCUCUUACAGAGGCACGUUUGAGAAGCUGGAGCUCGCUGUGAAGGACAUGAUCGAUGAGGGAUACGCCGCCACCAACGUCCUCAACCAGUUACACGACGCCGUCAUCGACGAGAAGCUGAGCGAUAAACAGAAAUCCGUCAUCACACAGAAGAUGGCUGAGGUGGAUAAGUGUCUGGCAGACGGCGCAGACGAGUAUCUGCAGUUACUGAGUCUCUGCUCUGUCAUCAUGCAGCAGGCCACACACAGCACCUGAGCCGACCAAUCAGCUGCUCCGUCACACCUGAGCCGACCAAUCAGCACUGGCGCUGAUUCCACACGGCUGCCUAGACUGUUGUUUUCAACUUUUUGUACGUGU